UCCAAACUCCCGGUGUCUCAUUUGUUUGGCGCCUCCUGGUUUCCCAGGGGUCCUCUCUUUGGGCUCCUGGUUGAGAAGCUGCGGUUUGCUAGAUUUGUCUUGUUUUGCAUUUCCUGCAAUUAUCCCCACAUCUUAUGCCAAUUGGUACGAGAACACAAAGUGAGAAAAGAAGUGGGAGUCUGAAUUCUUUUGCUCCCACAGCCACUCCAGCAGACAAGGAUGCCUCUCGCAGAGCCUUGGCUCCUAGAGCAGCCACCGGGGUAGAACUUCUUGGGAAAGCAAAGUAAAUUAAAGCUACUGCUUCCUGGGACACUUUUCUCAUGCUAUGGAACUUCAAGCCACAGGCUAGAGCUUACAGAUAUGUGGGUCACAAGGAUGUUGUAACCAGCGUGCAGUUCUCUCCACAAGGAAACUUAAUAGCCUCCGCCUCCCGAGACAGGACUGUGAGACUCUGGGUUCCUGACAGGAAAGGGAAAUCUUCAGAACUUAAAGCACACACAGCCCCAGUUCGAAGUGUGGACUUUUCAGCUGAUGGCCAGUUACUAGUGACAGCGUCUGAAGACAAAUCCAUUAAAGUGUGGAACAUGUACCGUCAGCGCUUCCUCUACUCCCUGUACCGACACACACACUGGGUGCGCUGUGCCAAAUUCUCACCUGAUAAAAGAUUGAUCGUGUCCUGUAGUGAGGAUAAAACUGUUAAAAUUUGGGAUACUGCAAGUAAGCAGUGUGUUAAUAACUUCUCAGAUUCUGUAGGAUUUGCAAAUUUUGUUGACUUUAACCCUACUGGAACAUGCAUAGCUUCAGCAGGUUCUGAUCACACUGUUAAAAUCUGGGAUAUAAGAGUGAACAAAUUACUCCAGCACUAUCAAGUUCACAGCGGCGGUGUGAACUGUCUGUCAUUCCAUCCUUUGGGUAACAGCCUCGUCACUGCCUCUUCUGAUGGAACACUUAAGAUUCUGGAUCUCCUAGAGGGAAGACUCAUAUAUACACUUCAAGGACAUACGGGACCUGUCUUUACUGUUUCGUUUUCGAAGGACGGAGAGCUGUUUGCAUCAGGCGGUGCAGAUACGCAGGUCUUGCUGUGGAAAACUAACUUCACGCAGUUACACUGUAAAGAUCCUAGAAGAAACCUGAAAAGGUUGCACUUUGAGUCCUCGCCACACCUUCUUGACAUCUACCCACGGUCGCCACACGCCCACCAAGAUGACAAGGGCACUGUUGAAAUUAAUCCAAAACUUGAAGUAAUGGAUCUGCAGAGUUCUUCUCCCCCUGUUGUAGAUGUCAUUUCGUUUGAUUCAACCACAACAACAGAUUCCUCCCAUCAAGCUGUGCCAGACAAGGGUGAAGACAUCUGUUCGUAUUUCCUGAACCCUUCCUUAUUGCCAGAAUGUUCAUCCUCAACCGUGAAAAAGAAAGUGGAAGACUUAAGUGACCCGCCCUCUGAAAGCCAGAAAAGUGUACCUCUUGCCGUGACUGAUGCUCUGGAGCACAUUAUGGAACAGCUCAACGUUUUAACACAGACUGUUUCAAUUCUGGAGCAGCGCCUGACUUUGACAGAAGAUAAGCUAAAAGACUGCCUUGAAAAUCAGCAAAAGCUUUUCAAUGUCGUCCAGCAGAGAAGUUGACCAGGAAAGUGUGUGAGCAACAGGCCAAUAAAUGAAGAAAUGUUCUCACUCAGGAAGGCGGCAGAGGCAUUCCACACACCCCACCAUAUAUACUAGUUUCCAUAUUUCUUCAGAGGGUGAGCCACAGAAUGAAAGGGUCAAGUCAUUUUUAAGGACUGCCUUAAACAUGUAAAUCAAUGUCAAGGAUCAAUUUAAGCUCCUUAAGGUAUAAUUGCAGUAAGAAAGUUAUGAACAUUUAAAUUACCCCAUUCCUCUCCACCCCAUACUAUUUGAAAUGUCAGUUUUUAUUUAAUAUGCCCACCAGGAAAGUAAGCAGAUCUCUAGAUUUUAUUGUUAAAUCAUUUCAGAUUGACCAUGUUCAGGCAAUUCCUGAAGGUAGUUAGUGUAUUUCUUAGGUGAACAACACCCUUGAGGUGAAAUCAUUCACUUGCUCUCAAAUAGCACCUGAAAUGUAAAAAAAUGUGUAAUUGAGCUGGCUCAUAUUUCUUUCAGGUCAACAAAAGAACUACACUUUACUAAUGCCUUGAAAAGAUGGUCCCUCAGAAUUCUCCCAGCAAGAAUAAUCUUAUCUCAAUUAGCAACAGUGCUCACUAACAGAGCAGGGCUUUUCCUUGUCUGGUAGGAGUGGGUACCACGCAAGGCUCCUCUGUUACAGGUGAGCACUGAGUGGUCUGGGUCAUACUGAACGUGUGCUCACAGUUUGCACAGAUUGUGUGAUUUCAGUGUGCCAAAAACCAAAUGAUGAAAAGCAGAUGUAGCUAUACAUGAAUUACAUAUGCCAUUGCUUAGGGUGAAGCUGGUGGCUGAAUAAGUGCAUUUGUAUUUAGAAAAUAAUUUGCACUGUCUAUUUUAUCUUGAUGAAUUGUGAUUUGAAAUGAAAACAAGUUAGGCAGUCUAAAGAUCUUGGUUACAAGUUAAGAAUGUUUUUUUAUCUUGAACAAAAUGGAAAUCAAAGUAGAAAAGAGGCAAUUUCAAGGCAGCUGGUUUUGGGCAUGAAGAACGAAUGCCAGACACGUCUGUAGCAGGCACAAGUGCUAUCUGUGUACUGAAAAAGAAGAACUGAAGUGGAAAUACAGACAUUUUUCUCCCACUAGCUUCAGUUAUAUGCCUAUGAGCUGUAUAAAACUGUAUACUGUAAACAAACGCCUUUUCUGUCCUCUAAGUGUGGCCGUCUAGACAUUUUCACAAGCUCACAAAACUAAGUGGCCGUGUAUUUUUAUACCUCCACUGAGAAAACUACAAAAACAUGAAAUGUAAUACCAACUUUUGUUUACUCUUUUUUAUGCUUCAAACAAUAAAGAUACUUCUCUUUUUAAAGAA